GGGUUGGUACUCAUUCCAAUCAAAUCAACCAACCUUUCAGAUUCAGCCACCAGCCAUAACCAUUCACAUAUAUAUACAUCAAUAUAGCAUUUGUCCGGAAGUUCUACCUCAAGCCUUAGAUCUCUCUCUCUCUCUCCCAGUUGUAACAUGUAAACGAUCAACAUGCAAGGAAUAGCAAGGAAGCCAAUACACCAAGAUACUGGAAACCCCUCUUCAACCAAGACAGGAACUGCGUCUAAGCAGAUAAAAAUUGUUACCAAAAUAUUGGACAUCAAGGGACACAAAGAAAAAUCGAAGUCCCAUGGCAAUGCUAUUGGUUCUACGGUGUGGAAGGAAAAACUUGCAAAGUCUGUAAGCAAGGGGUUAAUAAAUGAUUCUUUAAGUAAAAGUUUGAUUGGGAAAACAGCUCUGCACAAAACCAAAUUCUACAAGAAGCAGCAUUCCUCAAGUCUUCAAUUUGAAAAUCCAUCCCUCAAUGGUUCCAAGGAACAAGCCAAAGAAGACGGUAAAUCUCAAAAAGUGAGGAAAAGAAGGAAGCAGAGGAGGCAAAGGAAGCAAAGGGAUAAUGCAGAGCGAGACGACACUUCCCGCUUGCAAAGAAGGACAAGGUACCUGUUCGUAAAAAUGAAGUUGGAGCAGAACCUCAUCGAUGCCUAUUCAGGGGAUGGUUGGAAAGGUCAGAGUCGAGAAAAGAUCAGGCCUGAAAAGGAACUUCAAAGAGCCAAGAAGGAGAUUUUGAAAUGUAAACUUGGAAUCCGUGAUGCCAUUCACCAGCUGGAAUUACUGAGCUCUGCAGGGUGUAUUGAAGACUCUGUAAUUGCUCCGGAUGGAUCUGUACACCAUGAACAUAUAAUCUGUGCAAAGUGCAAGUUGCGGGAAGCUUUCCCUGAUAAUGAUAUUAUCCUGUGUGACGGGACAUGCAAUUGUGCUUUUCACCAAAAAUGUCUGGAUCCUCCCCUGUUGACUGAAAACAUUCCUCCAGGAGAUCAAGGGUGGCUUUGCAAGUUUUGUGAUUGCAAGAUGGAAAUAAUAGAAGCAAUGAAUGCUCAUCUUGGGACUCACUACUCUACCGAUAGUCAUUGGCAGGACAUUUUCAAGGACGAAGCCGCUUUAUCUGAUGGUGGAGGUGCUUCGCAAGAUCCUGAACAAGAAUGGCCUUCUGAUGACUCGGAAGAUGAUGACUAUGAUCCAGAGAAAAAUGAAAAUAGCUGCAGUUACAGCAGAGCUGGCUCUGAAGCUGAUGCUACGGAUGAUGCAAGCAGUUCCAGCAGCCUCUGGUCACUUGAAGAUGAAGUAUUUUCUGAAUCAGGGAGCCCGGGCAAGGGCAGAUGGAAUGCCUCUUUUACGGCAUCUAUUGGUGCAGAUUGUGCUGAAACAGCUGAUCAUGAGAUUUUAAGUGGCCCCAGGGAGCGAAGGGCUGUUGACUAUACGAAAUUAUACCAUGAAAUGUUUGGAAAGGAUGCUCCAGUGAGUGAACAAAUUAGCGAUGAUGAAGACUGGGGCCCUGGCAAAAGAAAGAGGAGAGAAAAGGAGUCUGAUGCAGCCAGCACCCUUAUGACUCUGUUUAAAAGUGAGAAGAAAUUUCCAAACAUGAAUACAGUGGAAUGCAAAGAGACACUUCCCCAUAGUGGGAAAACUAAACGACCAUUUUUCAGAAUCCCUCCCGACGCUCUAGAGAAGCUUCGCCUUGUCUUUGCUGAGAAUGAACUUCCAUCUAAAGCUGUCAAGGAUAACCUUUCCAAGCAGCUAGGUCUUGAUUCUGAAAAGGUUAACAAAUGGUUCAAAAAUGCGCGUUAUCAUGCACUUAAAGCUAGAAAGUUACCGGGAGAGGAACCGAAACAAAUUGGCAGUAUCAGUCCAAAAUUCACCAAGGAAUCCAGAUUCAAACUUGGGGAGGACAAAGCUACUGCUGGUCCAAUAGCAUCCAAGGAUAAAUUGUCAGCAACAGUAGUCCAUUCACCUAAGCCUGUUGAAAUAGUUUAUAGAAGAAAGAACAUGCAGUUUCUUAGUAGCCCAUUGAAGAAAAAGCAGUACAAGAGAGCUUUACUUAAUAGCGAGAAGGCUGGCAUGGAGUGUGGAGAUGAUGUGAGCCUGAAAGUUUUGAAAACUAUUGCCAAGAAAAAGAAGAAGAGAGUGAACUUCAAGGCUGGAGGUGGAUCACAAGAAGCAGAAGCUGAGUUGGAGAGGCUCUGCAAAAUGAAGGGCAAGGUAGAAGAAUUUAAGCAGAUUUUAAGGGAACUUCCAAAUGGAAAAUCUCGUAAAGCAAAUGCAUCUUCCGUAAAUGAACAUUCUGUUAUGUAUGUUCCCGUGGCGGAGCUAAGGGAGAAAAGAUGAUUUUGGCAAAUGCCAACUGAUUUUUUGCAUAGCUCCAUUUCUUUUUCUUCAGUUGCAAAAGAAAUAGAGCUUUCAGGUUAUAUAUAGAAGUGCUUUCUGUGCAAAAUGAUCUAACGAAAUGUCUUGGACUGGUGUUUGCAAGGUUUUUUCGAAUGGCAAGAAACUCAAUACAAUAUAGGUUAGAAUGUUA